CAUCAUCUUCUUCUUCUUCUUCAUCCUUACCCCUUUCCUUUGAUUUGAUCACUUCUAUCUCAAUUUCGAUUUUCCUUUCCGUCGAAACAUCAAUUUCCUUUCCGAACGCCUUUUUCUGUAAAUGUGCAGAGCGCACUUCCUCUUCUCAUCCCCCAUUUUCUGCAAUAAAGGAGAAACAAUCUGUUAAUUGAACACCAGCCAUCUUCAUUUGAGCUUUGAUUCUUCCAUCUGAAAGUGUUUUUCUGUCUUGAACGCCGAGAUUUUGGUUUCCCUAUAGAGAAUGGCAAUAACAUUCCCAUCUUUGCCUUGGUGGCCAUGGAGUGGGAAACCACAAGAACCCAAGAUUACUUUGACCCCAUUGCCCGAAUCCGGACUGUGGGAAUCGGAUAAAGUGAAGUUUCCUCUUGAUCGCCGGCAAUAUACUUCUAGAAGGGUGAAGAGAAAAUGGAGCAGCAGAGAGGAGAGGAAGAUUGAUAAAGAGUAUGACAUUGUUGUUGUUCCAUCUGAUGGUGGGUGUGUGUCGGGGUCCGAAUCCGACGAUUCUGAUUGGUCAAUUGGAUGGAUGGAACCUCAUGGUUCGGGCUUCCUCAGCGAUGAUGAUUCAGAUGAUAGCUUUGCUGUCUUGGUUCCUUGCUAUGGGCAUGUUGGGAACUUUGCAAAUAAUUUGCAAGAACAGUUUCUCAGCAACAUUCCCAACAUUUCAGAAAACAAGACAUAUAUGGAGCAGUGGCUUUCUUCGCUUCAGAAUAUGUGACAUCUUGUGGCCACGCGGGUGCCCGAAUGGUUUUAUCACUGUGGACCGGAUGAAAUAAUGUCACAAAAGCUUGGUUGUUAAUGCAAUAAAAAAAAGAGGGAUGUGAUGAAGAUGAAGAACACCAAGACAUAAGAAGUGGAGUGAAACUAUUGUAAGUACAAGUGAUGAAUUAAUUAUAUGGUAUGGUGUCAUG